AAAAAAAAAAAAAAAAAAAAAGGGUGGAAACCCCACCAGCCAAGUCUGCAGAAAAAAAAUAAAUGCAGUCUGCCUAUCUGGGGCCGGAGCCCCUCCCCUCGGGCCGCCGGAGACCGUGACACAGGUGCCGCUUCCUCCCGGCUGCUGAGGGUCAGAAGCAGGCCCGCGCUCCCCUCGCCACCGCUCGGCUUCUCAGUGCCCCUGGCCCGACCGGCGCCCCGCACCCGCUGGCGAUGAGCAGUCUCAACAGCACGUCGCCGCCCGACCAAGAAAUGGUCGACUCUGACCACAUUUUCAUGACGUUGGGUGUGAACAUCGCCAUCAUUGCAGGCGUGAUCACCGCGAUAGCCAUCAUCCUGAUCUGCCUGCUUGUCAUCACUCUACGCUACUUGUACGGGCACAAGGGCACCUACCACACCAAUGAGGCCAAGGGCACGGAGUUUGCUGAAAGUGCAGACGCAGCCCUGCAGGAUGACCUCUCCGUCCAGGACGCAGGUGGGGACAGCAGCAGAAAGGAGUACUUUAUCUGAGGGGCACCGGGUCCCCUCUCCCCCAAUGCCUUCUUCACAAGAAAAGAUACACCCCACAGCCCACUCUGCUAUCUGGACCACCAGGCAGACCAUGAGAGCACCCAUCUCAUCCCAAGAUAUGCACCUGACCUGAGAACUCUGGGUGCCGGCCUGGGAACAGGAAAGAAAGAAGGAGAAACUGAGCCAGGAGAAGCCUGUCCCAGACACCCAGGGAUGCAGUGGUCACCCAG